AUGGCUACCCUUAUGCCCCGCGGAUAUCGCUCCGCCACUGAAUACUGUUUCGACGAAGCACAAACCGACGCCAUUAUUCGAACCACCGCCUACCACCGCAGAGACUACUGUCUGUCCGUGAUCUGGUACUCGCCUCGUGAACACGUCGGUAUUCGCCCGUCAAUAGCCACACCCUUCCAGAGGACUUCAGAUAUUGGAAUCGGCUACCUGGACCGGCUACCCCUCGAGCUCUUAUUUGACAUAUUGUACCGUCCGGACAUACGUUCUCUGUUCAAAUUUCGACAAAUAAAUCUCAGAUCAGGAAUGGUAGACUCUCUCAACCAGUAG